CACGGUCCUCCACUGUCCGGCUAAUGGUAAUUGGUGUGCUCCGGCCGAUACUAACGAGCACCAACAAGAUAACCCUGGGACUAGGUUUUAUGGUUUGGAGCUUUGGCCUGCAUGAGGCUCCGCCGCCGCCGCCGCAAUGGGCCAUAAAGGAGAAACGUCUGUGCCUUCCCAAAGGCUCCCCAUCUCUGGCAUGUUAUUCGCUCCUCAAGUUUUUAAAGUUCUGAUCACUUUGAACGGCCCUUCUCUGUAUCGAUUGCGGGGG